GGGGCCCGGCCUGAGGCGGCGGCGGCGGCGGCGGCGGCUGAGGAGGAGGCCCAGGCCCAGAGCAGGCGGGGAAGAUGCCCGUGGCAGUGAUGGCGGACAACGCCACCUUCAGCUUCAAAAAGCUGCUGGAUCAGUGCGAGAACCAGGAGCUCUAGGCUCCCGGCGGCAUCGCCACGCCCCCCGUCUACGGGCAGCUGCUCGCUCUGUACUUGCUGCACAAUGACAUGAAUAAUGCCCGAUAUCUCUGGAAAAGAAUUCCUCCUGCUAUAAAAUCGGCAAAUUCUGAACUUGGGGGGAUCUGGUCAGUGGGACAGCGAAUCUGGCAGAGGGAUUUCCCAGGCAUCUACACGACCAUCAGCUCACACCAGUGGUCAGAGACCAUUCAGCCCAUCAUGGAGGCACUCAGAGAUGCCACGAGAAGAAGAGCCUUUGCACUGGUUUCUCAGGCGUACACCUCGAUCAUUGCCGAUGAUUUCGCAGCAUUUGUCGGACUUCCUGUAGAAGAAGCCGUGAAAGGUGUCUUAGAGCAAGGAUGGCAAGCCGACUCCACCACGAGAAUGGUGAUGCCCAAGAAGCCCGGUUCCCUGGACGUUUCCUUUAACAGAUUUAUUCCUUUAUCAGAGCCUGCUCCAGUUCCGCCGAUCCCCAAUGAGCAACAGUUAGCCAGAUUGACCGACUACGUGGCUUUUCUUGAAAACUGAUUCUUCAUCUUUUCUGUUCAAGAUCAAACUUGGGAAUCCUGUGUACUGAGCAAUCCAGAAAAGCGACUUUUUCAUUGUGUUCUGUUGGAUGAAACAACCUGACAUUCUUUAUUAGAACAUGGGAUAAAAUACAUGUCAGAUACGUAUUUUUUGGUCCUUAAACAUUGUGCUGAAUUCACCAUUGAAUGGCUUCUUAGUCCCAUAAUAUUUAUUAAUUUGGAGUACAACAGUAUUAUGUGGUUAGGCCUUAUUCUGUAGUGAUUCCUGAUACCCGGCUCCAUUACUGGUUUUUAAAUGCAGUGGUUGGCAAAGACAAUUAUCUCCCUAUAUUAGCAAACUAGCUUAGUAAAUCUUAGCUCUUUUCUGCUGACUUUUCAGUGUGCCCACUGCUGGCAGUGAGAAAUAUGUCACAAGAGAGGGGACAGAGACCUGACAGACAUCUUGGAGAAGAAGGGAGAACACUGGGUAUGAGGGUCCGGUUCAAUCAGAUCCAGCUGCAAAAGGAAGGACAAUGAGAAGUCCAAAAGUUGAUCCCCAGGUGGGGGGAUGCCGCCACCUCUUAGACCCUUCCUGAAGGAGAAGCCUCUUUGUGCCUCGGCCCCUUUCUAGUCCUCAACCUUAGCGAGAGCUUCUUGGUUAGAAUCUUGGCCUCUGGGGUCUUGCUUUUAGGUGUUGCCCUUUGGGCUCCUCUUGUGGCUGAGGUCUAGAGGGAAAGGCAGACCUGUCUUUGCCUAAUUGGCUGGUCGAGGAAGACCUGUUAGGAAGCUCCUUAAGAAAGAGAUUGCAUUACAGAGGGGAUCUAGGCCACACUAUUGAGCUCCGAGAACGAUGCUCCUGAAAUUCUGAAGUUUCAAGUUGGCUCCUUACUUGGAAGGACUCAACUUCCAUUUAUAAUCCUAUUUAAAAAGAGAAUUUCACAAAUUUAUGCCGAUUGGAUAGUGCGUUUUAAUAAGUGCUUUUAUUGGGCGGUUUCAUUCAUGAGACUGGGAGAUUCUGAUAUUUGUAGUAAGAUUUCCUUCAGCGCACUGUACUACUGUACAUUUUUUGAAAACUUUAGUUGUUUUUCAAAGGGUCCUGAAUUGUGCACUGUUAUUUUAAAAGUCAAUUCCACAUGAGUGACAAUUAAUCUCAUAGGAUAUUUAUUUGAACCCAUUGAAGUCCUGGAGCUUUUUCUAAGUGUUGAAGGAAAUGUAAUUUCAGUGACAUUAAAUAUGUUUACACUAAACCUUU